GGCGGUUGGUGUACGGAGGUUAAUGCGCCACGUAGACACGUAACGUGGCAAAAUUUCUGCAGUCGGAAGAAAAACUUUGUCGCUAGCCAGGCCUGAUCAGUGGUUACUUCAUAACUUAAGCUCGUAUGGAUGCGUGACAUCUUCCGCACUGGUUUGUAUGAUUCGCCCAAUGAGGAAUGCCUUCGCCGCUCUCAACCGUCAUCGCCGUCUCACUUUGCUCUCCCCUGCACCGAGUUGGGCAUUUCUGGAACUUACCUCUAGCCUACUAUUUGGUUGGAUCAUUUUUUUUAUUUGUACACCAUGAUAAACCUGUUGGAAUAGUCCUGCAUCAGUCUAUUUCUGUGAAAGCUCAGAUGGAUAUUGGAAUUGCGAGAACACAGGAUACUUGGCAUCCACCAUACUUGUUGCAUCGAUUUUCUACUGGUUUCGUCAGUGUGCACGGGGAGAGGCCUUCUGCAGUGUAUGCAAAGUUGAGGAAAGAAUCAUUGGAAAGUGAACUUGGGCAUAUUAUAGGAAUGCACAUCUCAGAAAGUGUUUCGGUUGUCUAUGGUCUUGGCCCAUUUUUUGCUUUGUAUAGAGCAGCAAUCAUUUCAUUUCAUUUCAUUUCAUUUAUUGAAGUUGACGAUUUGGCAAUUCUAUUUUCAAGACAUAAAACAGCGUGCUUCCAAGCUUGGGCAGGCUCUGAGCACUAGAUCAGAUAUAUUGCCACCUGUGUAUUGCUAAGUUACAGGUACACUAACAUUCCUUCACCCAUAGGCAUACAAUUAUGGGUCAUAUUGUUGAGACUUGUGACUAAUUAACAUUGAUAUUUGCUCUUUAGUUUUCUUUCUGAUUUGAAGUUUUCUGUUAAUGUUAGGAUCAAAUUCCCCCAUUUCCUACUCGUAUCGCAAUGAAAUCUAUUGAAACUGAACUGGGUAUCCCAGUUUCUGAAAUUUUUUCCGAUAUAAGCCUGGAGCCUAUUGCAGCAGCAUCUUUAGGGCAGGUGUAUAAAGGUCAGACAAUCAUUUCUGCGGAAGGGAAAACAAUAUAUCUGUUCUUUUCUUUUCCCUUGUAUCAUGCUCUCUUGUCAAAAACAUUCCAACUUU